AUGGCGCUCAAUGCUGCAGUGACACUGCAACCGUGGGAGGAGCAACAACUGCCUUCGCCCACGGACGAGAAGAAGUCGCUCCCGUCCCUCGACCUCUCUCGCACCCGCUCGACGUCCCUUUCCACGCACUCUGGGGAUACCAGCCUCCACCGAGUAGUCUCUGGCGACCCCGACUGUCCGCCCCCUGCCUGGAAACGUCGACCCAGCCAGCGUUCCUCUUCUAUUGGUCCCACUUCCACAAGCUCUAGCCUACCGACAAGGUCGCAGUCGCUUUCCGCUUCGUCCCCGCAUCAGCCCCAACGCCGCCUGCCGAACGGACUAAGAAUGACUCACGCUAACGGCCUCUCCCCGUCCGCUUCACGUGGCGGGUUCCCUCGGCAGGGACCGCCGCCAGCGGCGUUCCGCGGUCGAGCGAGGCUAGGCAAUGGGUCUAACCGUUCUUCGCUCGCGUCUUACGACGGCAUGAACUCCGAGGAGCUUUGGACGCUCGAGGACGACCCGACGCCGGACAUGAGUAACCCCACCCGUUCGGCUGCCGAGCGACCACUCGAUACGGUCCGACGCAUGAGCUACACCAUUAGUGACCAGUCAUUGUACGCUGGUAUGCCCACGGAGAUCAUCUGGCCGACGGCCCCCGCCGAGGAGGAGUACCUCUACGAGCCGCCACCCAAGACGCGAUCACUCACGAAUGUCGCGUCAAUCAAGCGUCGUACCACGCUGCGCAAGUCAAAAUCAAAAGGUGCCGCCAUGGACUCGCAUCCUCCCAUCUCGGGCGGUGGGUACCCAAAGCGUGCCGCGUCCAAAGAUGCACUGUCCUCGGCCCACUCGUCGACGACCUCGCUCUCAAUCCCCCACAACAAAUCGCAGGCUUCUCUGAAGAGUUCGCGCCCCCCGUCGAUGGCGGGAGUCGGUGCUUAUCACUAUGAUUUGCUUGGUGCCCUUGCUCCUCGCGACGGCGGCUACGCCAUCGCAGCCCAGAUUGGUCACAGUUUCAGCCCCGUGAGCUCUGUCAACAGCUUGGACGAUCGACGAUCGAUUCACGCCUCGCCCCCCGGAAGCUUCCGUGGCGCACGUGUGCCUAGCUCCAGGAGCUCUGGCAUGAGGUGGAGUGUCGAUGGCGAGGACCCCAUCCUCCCGCCAGGACCGGUGCGCGGCUCUGGAGGCUCAAUGCUGUCCGUGUCCUCAACCCAAAGCGACGAUUACGACUCGCCCCAGUCGGCGCAGCUCGCUGUUGCUCAGGCCACCCGCCCAUGCGAACCGAGUCCGCUCAGCAUGCAGACGACGACCGCCGCCGACAUGGACGCUGUCUCCUCCCCAGUUGCCGUCGAGGCUCCUCAAAUGUUCGCGUCUGUGCCCGCGCCGGCUCCGAUCAACAUGUUCGCCGACGUCCCUGUCGAGGAAGCUGAGCCUGCUGCUGCGGACCUCAAGAAGUCGAAGACCAAGAAGGAGAUGAAGGCCGAGAAGAAGGAGGCCGAGAAGCAAGCCAAGCUCGCUGCUAAGGCUGAGGCUCAGCGCGCCGCUCAACAGAAGGCUGACGCUGCCAAGAAGGCCGCCGACGACAAGCGUCGCGCUCAGGAAGAGGCAGUCAGGGCGAAGGCGCAGGCCAAGGCUGAUGCCGCUCGCAAACAGCAGGAGGACAAGGAGCGCGCGAAGCUUCAGAAGAAGGAGGCUGAGCAGAAGAAGUUCGAGCAGGCUAAGGCUGCUGAGCAGCGCAAGAUCGCGGAGCAGAAGAGGGCCGCUGAAUGGAAGAAGGAGCAGAAGCUGAAGAAGGCUGCUGCUCCUGAGCCCAAGGUUGUCGCGGCGCCCGUCAAGACUGAGCAGGCGCCCAAGCGACGUACCUCGCUCAAGUUCAAGCGAUCCUCCUCUGGCGCCGGUCCCGCGUCUACCGCCGCUGUUCCUGUCGCCACUCCAGCUACUCGCGGCAGCCCGCCUCCGGCACCGUCGCAGGCUAGCCGGCUUACGCCCCCCGUCGCUGCUGCUGCCGGCGGAGCCGCUGCCGUUGCAGCCUCGCAACUCAGCAGCCCCUCGAACAGCGAGCUCUACACCGGUCCCCGUCCUCCUUCGGACCGCACGCCUUCUCUCAGCAGCACCCAGGCGAGCUCUACUCCUCGACCGGAGAAGCGCGGAUUCAUGUCCUCGCUUAAGAAGCGCUUCUCGAUGGCGAACAUGGAGCCUACUCCUACACUGCAGAAGCCCAGGCCUAACUCGAUUGCCGUUUCCCAAGGAUCGCCGACGCCUUCCGCUCCUAUUGCGCAGGCAGCCCCUCUGCGAGCCGAUGCUCCGGCUCCGGCUCCGGCCCCCGCGCCCGCGACCCAACACGCGCCUAUCGUCCAGCCACCGCCGCGAAGCACAUCCUCGCCGCAGAAGGCCCCCGUCCAGCAGCAGCGCCCGUCCAUGCCGCCGCCUGUCAUCAUCCCUCCCCGUGGCUCGUCGGCCAACGCUGCCAUGCCCGUCGCCAUCCCUAUGCGUGGAUCGUCGCUCGCCAUCGUUGGGGGCUCCGAGUCGUCGGACGACAACGUCGAGAGUGGCGCCAGCAACCCUUCCUCCGUCAUCGUCACCCCCACCAUCUCCAUGGACCGGAACUCGACCUCGUCGCUUCUUGAGCACCCCCGCCCGAGCGGAGCUUUCCGUGAGCGCUCAGACUCUGGCAUCUCGGCGGGCGGUUCGCAGACGACUGACGGCGGCCUCCACACCCCUCCGUCUGAGGCCAGCUUCCCCGCCCCUCUCCAGAACCGCAAGGAGUCCGACUCCAUGCACAUGCAGCCUCCCCCUGCUCUCACCGUGGUUUGA